AGGAACAGGUAUCUGCUGCAAUAUUUGGUGACUUUGACAAGAUAAAGAUCAGAGUUGAAGCAACAAAAGCGCUCCUAUGUUGGUACAAGAAGAUGAAAGGACAUGAUUUGGGAAAGGACUGUCUGGCAUCUGGUUCUGCGUACAGGGCCGUAUCGUCCAGAGAGACCUUACCCGGAACUGAAGAGGACCAUUAUGAGCUGUCUAAAGUGCAGGAUGCUUUUGAAACGGCAGCGAGAGCUGAGGGUGGCCUCUCAUUGGAUGGCGGCAAUGCAGCUGACGCGAAAGAGUUGGAGGACGAAGUCGGGAGAAGCAAAUACCACCACAGUGUCGGUGUGCUCAAGCCCAUCCGCUCCACCAGCAAGUAUCAACAUCCAGUGGACAACGCCGGCCUCUUCUCUUUUAUGACAUUUAAUUGGUUGACCUCGUUGGCUAUGUUGGCCCAUAAGAAGGGUCAGCUGUUUCUGGAGGAUAUAUGGGCUGUGUCACAGUUCGAGAGUUGUGAGACCAAUCGUCGCAGGCUGGCCGGGUUGUGGGAUGAAGAAAUCAGGACACGAGGGGAGGGGGCGUCUCUUCGUCGUGUGGUCUGGCAUUUUUGCCGCACGCGUCUCCUGCUGUCCAUCCUCUGCCUUAUGGUUACUCAACUCGCAGGCUUCAGUGGCCCAGCGUUUGUGGUGAGGCGGUUACUGGAGUACACGCAGAAGAGCGAACCCGACCUGCCCUACGGCCUGCUGUUGGUGCUGGGCCUCUUGGCCACCGAGCUGAUUCGCUCCUGGUCCCUCGCCCUCACCUGGGGGCUGAACUACCGCACCGGCACCCGUCUGCGCGGAGCCGUCCUGACCAUGGCCUUCCACAAGAUACUGCGUCUGCGCAGCCUCCGGGAGAAGAGCAUGGGACAGUUGAUCAAUAUGUGCUCGAGUGACGGGCAGCGCAUGUUUGAAGCCGCCGUGGUGGGCAGCCUGUUGGCUGGAGGCCCCCUGGUGGCCGUGCUGGGAAUGGGAUACAACUUGUCUGUGUUGGGGCCGACUUCUCUGCUGGGGUCUGCCGUUUUCAUCCUCUUCUACCCGACCAUGAUGUUCAGCUCCAGGCUGACGGCAUACUUCAGGAGGAAGGGUGUCGCCGUGACCGACCAGCGUGUUCAAAAGAUGAAUGAGAUUCUGAACUACAUCAAGUUCAUUAAGAUGUACGCCUGGGUUAAGGCGUUCUCACAAGCUGUACGAAGAAUUAGAGAGGAGGAGCGUCAGAUCUUGGAAAAAACAGGAUAUUUUCAGAGCAUCACAGUUGGCGUGGCACCUAUCGUCGUUGUGAUUGCCAGUGUGGCGACGUUCUCCACCCACAUGUUGCUAGGCUAUGACCUUACCGCUGCACAGGCAUUUACUGUUGUCACUGUUUUCAAUUCCAUGACCUUUGCACUGAAGGUCACCCCAUUUUCUGUCAAAUCUCUCUCGGAGGCAUCUGUCGCCAUUGAUAGGUUCAAGAGUUUGCUCCUGAUGGCCGAGGUCAAGAUGAUCCGUGAGCAGCCAAGCAAUCCCUCCGUUGCAGUAGAGAUGACUGGUGCCAGCUUGGCUUGGGAAACGGGGGGUCACAGCGCCCAGCCUUCACCCCGUGGUACACCCUAUAUAGGCCUCGGAAUGAGAGGGUGUCGCAAGAAGCGUCGUCAGCGGGAUGACCCGAAACAUCAUGUGAUUUUGGAAGAGGAAACGCAUGGCCAGCUGUUGCAUGAUGUGUCUGGAGACAUGGCGUCCAGUCCUGAAGAUCACACCCUUCAAGUGCCGACCAUCAGCCAACGGCUGCAAAGAACUCUUCACUGCAUCGAUCUCACUAUACAAAAGGGGAAGCUGGUCGGUGUGUGUGGCAGUGUGGGAAGUGGCAAAACAUCUCUCAUCUCUGCCAUUCUUGGCCAGAUGACUCUUUUAGAGGGGACUGUUGCUGUAGAUGGAGAUUUCGCGUAUGUGGCACAACAAGCCUGGAUUCUCAAUGCAUCCUUUCGUGACAAUAUCCUGUUUGGCAAGGAAAUGGAGGAAGAGAGGUAUCAGGCUGUACUGAGUGCUUGCUGCUUGAGACCAGACCUGGCCAUCCUCCCUCUUUCUGACUUGACUGAGAUUGGUGAACGUGGCGCCAACCUGAGUGGUGGUCAGCGUCAGCGAGUAAGCCUGGCACGGGCUUUAUACAGCAACCGGGACAUUUAUAUUCUUGAUGACCCUUUAAGUGCUCUGGAUGCUCAUGUCGGAAAUCACAUCUUUAACAACGCCAUUAAGAAGCAGCUGCGGGGCAAGACCGUCAUCUUUGUCACUCACCAGCUGCAGUAUCUGGUGGACUGUGAUGACGUGAUCGUCGUGCGUGACGGCAGCAUCACUGAGCAAGGCAGCCAUGAGGACCUGAUGAAUGUGAAUGGAGACUACGCCGCCAUGUUUAACACCCUUCAACUGGGAGAAACACACAUCAUUGAGGAUGCUUUUGAAACGGCAGCGAGAGCUGAGGGUGGCCUCUCAUUGGAUGGCGGCAAUGCAGCUGACGCGAAAGAGUUGGAGGACGAAGUCGGGAGAAGCAAAUACCACCACAGUGUCGGUGUGCUCAAGCCCAUCCGCUCCACCAGCAAGUAUCAACAUCCAGUGGACAACGCCGGCCUCUUCUCUUUUAUGACAUUUAAUUGGUUGACCUCGUUGGCUAUGUUGGCCCAUAAGAAGGGUCAGCUGUUUUUGGAGGAUAUAUGGGCUGUGUCACAGUUCGAGAGUUGUGAGACCAAUCGUCGCAGGCUGGCCGGGUUGUGGGAUGAAGAAAUCAGGACACGAGGGGAGGGGGCGUCUCUUCGUCGUGUGGUCUGGCAUUUUUGCCGCACGCGUCUCCUGCUGUCCAUCCUCUGCCUUAUGGUUACUCAACUCGCAGGCUUCAGUGGCCCAGUAAGUAACACCAUCUAA